AUGCCUCUCGCCCACAACCUCAACAAGGUGACGAAAAACCUUUCCAAGUCCACUGGAACCAUCCACAUCAAGGGAAGAAAGUUCAAGCAACUUAACAGAGCCACCUUAAGAGACAAGAAGAUCACCGCCAAAAAGCUCAAAUCUUUGGAACAGAAAGAAAAUGAACUUGCAGUGAUAUUCUUCCUCCAGAAAUUGAUCAAGGAUGAUGAGGACUUCAGCAAAUUCGAAACCUUCACCUUGAAGCAAAUGAAGGGAUUUGUGGAAUUGUUCAUCCAAAGAUACGACGAUGAGCUCGAUCAGUUGAGAGCAGACAGAAGACCCGGCAGACCCCAAACCAACAGACAACAGAUCUUGGAAGAGGCUGUCAAGCACGACAGACACGUUUACGAGACCGGAAUGAAGAUCCCCAACUUGACUGAUAAGGAAACAGUCGACAGAAUCAGGGCCUGGAACGGAACCACUGGUGGCACAACGGUGAUGAAGUUCGUGCAUGUGUACAAGGACAUGGAGAGCAUGCCUAGCAAGGAGGUCAAGAUGGACGAGUAA